AUGUCAGACAGCUUCCACGAGCAGUUAAAGACAGACAGCUGGUUCCUGAAGUCGGACCGGCGCCUGGACACCGAGCUGGUGGAUAAAAUCAUUCUGCAGUUGAACAGAAUCUACCCUCAGAUUCUCACCGACAAGGAGGCCACCAAGUUCCGUGAUCUGGAUGUGCCCACAUGUGUGCGACUGUCUGAGUUGCUCACACACCUUCAGGAGAAAGGGGAGGAAGCGUGCCGAGAGUUUUACCGCGCGCUUCACCUGCACGUGGAGGAGGUGUAUUUCAGCCUCCCAACACGCCUCCGCCGCCGUCGGGAAUCUGUGGAUCCGACGCUGAGGCCGAACAUCAGACCCACUGAGAGAUACGUCUUAAACGAACAGGGUAAUCUCCCAUCACCUUCUGUUGGACAACAGGCAUGUUCUCGUCAGGGCUCUGACCUGCGAUUCCCAUCUCUCUUUCUCUCUGCAGGGCCGCUGUUCUUCCUCAGCUGUUUCAGCGCGGUUGUCGGAGCAGCGUUGCUGUAUUAUUACGGCGAUGUGAAGGCAGCAUCAGGUUCGAGCAGCGCUCUGGGCUUCGCCGCUCUCAGGAUUGGGAGAAAGGUCCGAGAGGUUCUGAUCUGGUACACAGAAGACGGGCUGGGCCGAUAACCUCACACACUGCUCCGGUUUUUAACAGUUUUACACUCACGCGAUGCUCUGUUCACCUGAAAGAUUCCUGCGGGUUUAAAGUGCCUUCCAAAGUUUUUUUUUUUUUGUAAGGAUUGUGUCCAUCCUGUGCAUGAUAUAACAGGACACGCCCAAAGCUGUUCCAGACUUCUGUCUCAUUUCAGUUCAUUUUUCCCCACAAGAAAACUCAAUCUCUGUAGAUCUCGUCUGGCGUUACUGUGAAUGAUAGUAAUGCUCAUUUUAUAUAUAUAUUUUUAACAAAGCAAAAGAAACAGUUGUGAACCCGAGGCGUGUUCAUGGUGUGGGUUUGUAAAUGCGUCCCUGAACGUGUUAGAGCUGAAGGAACCUGAGGUCGGACGCUGUCGAACCGGACCAAUCGGAAAAGGAACAGGGAUCUGGUUUUUGUUUUGUUUUUUAAAUUGUUUCACCUGAUUUACAUGCGUGUGUUUUCACAGAAACUUCCAUAUGCACUAAUCUUUGCAGAAUCUGUACAUUUCUUCAAGGUAAAGACACUCAGAAGGUCACAAUGCUCUCGAAUGAGGUGCUGCUCUGGACCGGGCGUGUGCCCAUAAUCAGCUGUAAAAAUAUCAGAGUUUUUUAUUGUGGACGCUUUAAAUCAUCGUCACUAACGCUAACACGAGUUACACUACACCAUGGAACCCAGUUGCAUCCGGAACCCUGCGUCAGUUCGUGGCCCGAGGAGUCAUUCGAGUGAGUCGUUUAGUUGUCACUGAAUUUAGACAGAAAUUAGAAUCCUAAUGUCGAAUUUGUCACAGAGUCAGUGGUUUAAAAAAACGACUGCGUGUCUGUCACUCGUCAAAUAAUACACAGUGAUACCAACGUUCUGAUUAACGACAGCGGCAUGGAACCCAGGAUAAAGAGACAGCAGCUUAGUGACGCUUCGCUUGUUCCAGGAUCCGUCUGAGGAAAUAUCCAGUGACUACAAGUAAACAAGCGUCAUCUAAUGCCGAGAUCAGACGACACGAUAUUUUUCCUUCCCGAUGGUCACAGCGUCAGAUCAGACGAUCGUAGUGCCAUAAAUUCUUGCCAUGUUUUGGUCGCGAGACUGGAAACACUACAAGUUCGGCACGGAUCAAUCAUCGAGCAGGAGGGUCAAGAAACUGUCCAUCAGAGCGAUCAAGGAAACGCAUCGGAGGAUCUGUGCGAGCAAACAGAAAAAAUUCUGACAUGCUGGAUUGUUGCUUCAGGAGUCCUGGACGCCACGCCGCCGUUCUGUGAUUAUCAUCUCACGACAAGGUCUGUUUGUCAUCCCGAUGUUCGGAUUCACUGGAAAUUUGUCCGCUGUGUCAAAAUCAGGCUGAAUUUAUGGAGUUUGAUUUCGGCAUAAACGUCUCCAAGUGAACCCGCAGUCGUACACUAAAGCAGUGUCCCCACAGGGGGCGCCAGAGAGAGGAUAUGGAGUUGUAAAUCACCUGGGUCGCCAACAAACUCACACUGGCAUCACAGAUCAAACAGAACGCUGUGCACGAGAGACUGGCAUCAUUCAGACAGAAUAAGAUACAGAUAAUUCUUUACUGAUGCUCAAAGGGGAAAUCACAUUCCAAAUCUUUAUAAAACCGGCUGGGGUUCAUUCUGUGCUUUUCGCAGUUUUGUUAUACAUUUUGUUUGACAUGGACCAUUGAGAAGAAAUCUGUGCCUUUACAAGCUUUUGUAAUUUGAGGUGUUUUUUUUUUAAUGAGGGCCUGAGACUGAAAAUAAUUGCGAGUCAUGCAGUCGGCACACGUUUAUCUCAGACAGCAUGAUGAAAGUCGAAAGAGUGUGAAGUGGAAGUGUUGUUGAGGCUGAAGUCAUCGUACCAGGACACAGAAGCCAGGAAUUAACGGGUUCAUGCUCAUAACUUCCUCUUUAUUCCUGUUCCUCAUUAACAGGGUAAAAGCCAUGGUGACUGCGAGGCUAGAACACGUACGGCAGGGUGAUGGGGUGUUUGAGAUCUGAGGUUUUACAGAAACACUGAUAAUUUUUAUGAAAGUUUGUUCAAACUCGAAUGCGUUUCAAUUCACUGGCGUGCCUGAUCUUGUUUUUGUACCCAUUUUCAAUCAAUCAAUAAAUAAAUCCAAACACUA